AUGCCCUCUGUCAGGGUGCGCAGACAGCCGACGUACGCGUCGCUGAGAGAGGAGCGGAGGAGGAGCACGCGCUCGUCCCAUUCAAACGACCCGCCGCCCCUUUCCCCAUCUGGCCGCUCUCCCCGGGGCACUCUCGACGGCGAAGACUCUGCGCCACUCCACCCCCGUCUCUCCUCCCGCGUCUACCAUGGCGUCCGCCGCAACUCUCUCAGCUACCGGAACUCUGCGACCGUGCCCUUGAGCGAGCAGGGCGCCCCACCCGGCACUCGUCCGCGCUCCCAUACUUUCGACACCGGCGCCCGCUCACCCGGCCAUGACGAGCUCUUUCUCGGACGCGAUGCAAACGUGGUAGCGAACACGCGCAGUCCGUUUGUGCGCGCUGCUGUGGAGGGCGCGCGCGAUGCAGAGGACCAGCGCGAGGACAGCGAAUCAGAAUAUUCAGACUUGGACUCGGAGGAGCACCACGACGACGAUGUAGUCGACCAUCUGGACGUCAUAGACCCGCAGGUCGCAGCGGUGACCACGCUCACGAAUGCAGCAAACGCGAUAGUCUUCCCGCCAGUCGACGUCUUUGAGCGCAGACCGACGGUCGUCCUGCCUGUGACGCCCGGACCUGGCACGCCAAAACGUGGAAGCAUGAACGCAGACUCGACGCAUACAGACGACCUGGACAAGCAUGUCUCUCAUGUGCUCAGCAAGCGCCAGGUGUUCAAGCGAAUAAUGCGGGGCGUCUGGGCGUAUAUGAAGACCCCUCUAGGAGUCAUCGUCACGAUAUAUGGCAUCCUAGUAGUCUUCUGGGGCAGCGCCAUCGUGCUCUUCCUCCUGAAAUGGAUCAAUCUUCACGACAAGACGAAGCAGGACUACUGGGUCGAAAUCUCAUGUCAGAUUGUCAACACUUUGUUCUGUUUGACCGGACUGGGCAUGGCUCCGUGGCGAAUCCUGGACACAUACCGAAUAUACAAGAUCUGGAGGAUGAAACGCAUCACGCGCAAACGUCGCCUACGACAAGGACUUCCAAAGCUGCUCGAUAGCGAUGACCUCCCCGAUCCGCAAUAUGACCCUAACUACGUCCAUGUACUCACGGACAAAGAGCAGACGUCACUGCGAUACCAGCAAAGCAAGUUCAUGCACUCUCAAACAUGGUACCGGCCGCACGGUACCGAAACACAUCGCGCAUUCCCAAUCCACUAUGCCCUCUGGAUAUGCGCCCUUAAUGUUGCCAACUCCGUCUUUCAAGCUAUGCUCGCAGCAUGUAUGUGGUCAAUGGACCUACAUCAACGGCCCGCAUGGACAACAGGGUGUCUGAUCCCGUGUGCCUUCCUUUGCGGCAUCGUCUCCGGGGUACUGAUAUGGCGUGGCGGCGAACUCACCAAACGCACCAAGCGCGUCGAAGAGCUGCUCCGCGUCGCGCUUGCCGCACAACAGGCUCGUCACCAAGACACGUCGGUACCUGUCGAGAAAGGCGGUGUGGUUACUGAGAUGGAGAUGGAAGAGAGGAAGCCAGAGACGAUUGCGGAGGAGCCGGAGAAGGAGCGGGAAGAGGAGACCCCUGGGACGUCUAGUCGAAGGAUGCUCGAGGAUGGGGAUGAUGCUCUGUGCGCGUCACCCAUCGCGGACUCGUUAGGAAGCGCUACUGCGCUAGAUAGGAGAAGCUCAUAG